GAACAUGAAAGCAUGAGCGAAUAACUGUUUAACCAAUUACCGUUAAGGAUCCAUGUUUAAUUCUAUCAACCAACACCAUGGCGACAAAAAUUUACAGAAUCAAAUUCCCUCUCAACCAAUUGGUUCAUCAUACGUUUGAAAGCUCUUCCAUCAUCAUCAUCAUCAUCAUCAUCAUCAUCAUCAUCAUCAUCAUCAUCAUCAGAUCAAGAUGUCUCGUGAGUCGUCGUCCAAACCAACCGUGGAGGGUUGGAACAGCGGGGUCAUCAACGUAUGCGUCAACGAGUCGGUUCCGACAACAAUCGACACGUCCGUGUUCUGGAAACUGGCACGGCCCGAGAACGAAAACGAUUGCACGUUCAUCCAUUACGCUCCUUACUACUGCGUGCAACUAGCUGCCAUCUUGUUCGGCAUCCACCUUGUUUCGGUCAUCCUCAGACCGUUGCACCUCCCACGCUUCUCCAUCGAAUUACUGGCUGGAAUUUUGAUUGGUCAGGGAUUGCAAACAUGGACUAGGGUUUACAUUGUUCCUACCAGCAGCCUCAAGGUGCUAGACACUUUGGGACAUUUGAGCCUCAUUUACUAUGUAUUCUUGGUGGGGCUAGAGAUCGACCUGUCCACCGUCCGACACAUAGGACGGGAGGCGGUGUACACGGGCCUAACGGGGACGAUACUUCCUCUCUUUGUAGGGUUCGUCGAGUUCUUCGUAUUGGCAGCUGAUCCAAGACACACAAACUUCUUCACCUCGGAGUUCUGGGAGAAUCUGGCUCCGGUCAAGCUGACCGGCCCCGUCUUCUGGGGGGUUGCCCUCACGGUCACCAGCUUCCCUGACCUCGCCAGGAUACUCUCCGACAUCAAGCUACUCCACACCGACAUGGGGAAGCUGGCCCUGUCCUCCUCCAUCAUCAGCGAGCUCACGACGUGGAUCCUCCUCGUCAUCGCGCUCACCCUGAACAACGGCACCCUGAACCCUCUCUACCUCCUCCCCACGUUCGCGUUCUUCGCCGCGUCCUGGUUCCUGGUCCGCCCCACGGUCACCAGGAUCCUCAGGCACGCGGACGAGACGGACAACGAGCUGCUCCUCAACUUCACCAUCUUCGGCGGGAUCCUGACCUCCUCGGUCGUAACCGAGGCGUGUGGCGCCAAUUCGAUGAUUGGCGCCUUCGUGUUCGGGCUCGUCAUCCCCAGCGGGGAUGUCAUGUCCGUGAAGCUCUUGGAGGUGUUCGAGGACUACAUCAGAGGGAUCCUGAUGCCCGCGUUUUUCAUGGACAAUGGGGUUAGAAGCAACCUUUCCGUCAUCCCUUACGCCCUAAACGAUGUACCUCCCCACACCAUAUUCCUCCUCAUAGUUUUGGCCUGGUCGGCGAAGAUUAUCAGUACUUUCUUUUUCUCCAAACUCUCGGGAAUGAAGACUCAUGACGCAUUCACUCUCGGAGUCCUGAUGAACACGAAAGGGGUUCUAGCUUUAAUCGUCAUCAACACGGGCCGCAACAACCAGGGAUUCAACCAGCUGAUGUUCCUGGUGCUGAUAUUUUCAAUGUUCGUGAUGUCAGCGACGAUAAUGCCCUUGGUCAAAGCAGCAAACAAGACCAACAGAAGAUCUAGCCAUUUCAAGAAUAGAACCGUAGAGAGCAACAAGCUGGAGUCGGAGCUCAGGGUGCUGGCCUGUAUCCAUACUACGCGUAAUCUCUCGGGGAUGAUCUACCUCCUGGAGUGCUCCAAUGGGGGAAAGCAGUACCCGGUCUGUGUUUUUGGCCUCCAUCUAGUCCAGCUCACCGAUCGACGUGCCACGGCAAUGCUAAUCGUCCAUGACAACAACAACAACAGGAAUAAGAUCAGCAACAACCACCGCGACGACAACGACGACAACUCCCACCACAGUUCGGGGCAGAACCCGACCCGUCGAGAGGAAGAGUCAAAGCACAUCGUCACGAUGUUCGAGAGCCUCGAGAAUCGAGGCGCGUCGGUGUCCGCUCAGUCGCUCACCGUGGUGUCCCCGUACACCACGAUGCACGAGGACAUCACGUGCCUGGGAGAGGACAAGCGGGUGACCUUGAUCUUGGUCCCGUUCCACAGGCAAGCCGAUGUCUACGGGAGGUUUCAAGACGAGAACAUGAACUGGAGGACGGUGAACCAGAACCUCAUGGCCACGGCUACUUGCUCCAUCGGUAUACUCGUGGACCGUGGGCUUGGCGGCUCCUCCAAAGAUGUAGCGAUGCGAUCACAAUCGUCGUUUGUUGUUAUCUUCAUCGGAGGGCCGGAUGAUCGGGAGGCACUUGCUUACGGUUGGAGGAUGGCUAAAUCGCCUAACGUCAAGCUCACCGUCCUUCGACUCCUCCCUAACGACGACGACGACGACGAUCACGACGACGACGAUGGAGAUGGUGAGAUACAUGAAGUGACCGUCGAAGGGGGAGGCGUCACGAUGAGGAGCAAGAGAGACAAAAGGGACAUGGACGACGAGUACGUGAACGAGUUCAGGUUCAGGACCAUGCACGACGAGAGCAUAAACUACGUCGAGAAGCAGGUGAGGACCGGGGACGAGGUGAUCACGAUGAUCGGGCGAGUCGUGCCGUCUUACGAUCUCUACAUACUGGGUCAGAGCAAAAACGCGGUGAGCUCCUCGAUCAUGUCAGGGUUGUCGGAGUGGACCGAGUGUGACGAGUUGGGUGUCUUGGGAGACACGUUACUGACUUCCGAAUUCUCGCAACGAUCCUCCCUCCUUGUUCUCAAGCAGCAUUACGUUCCCGGGAUGCGUAUGUGGAUCCGUCACAACGACGACGACAACAACAAAAACAUUGACAAUAGUAGGGUACCACUAGGGUUUUCCAAUAGUAACGCCCACAUAAUUUCUAAUGGUAUGAGUAUCAACCGACAACCCAUGUCGCGGCAAUAACCAAAAAAAAAAAAAAAUCUUGCCUUCUUCCCAAGCUCUCCGAAUUAAAUUGUACUAAAUUAAUUGAUCAAUCGGUCAAUUCUAUCCUGAUACAGUUCAAUAAAAAAUCCCAUUUGUAGAAUUUUCCUGACAUUCUAUAUAUACAUCAGUCAAACCUAAUUAAGUUAAAAUACCUAAUUACGGUUACUAGUUGGUUCAUCAUAAAUUCAAGCAACACUAUGUUCCCGGGAUGCGUAUAUGGAUUCGUCACAACGGUAACAACCAAAAUAAGCGAUGAGAAUAGCAGGGUUACUGGGUUUUCGUAUAGCAAUGAUGUUGGGAUCAACCCGCCGUAAGUGUAGUGGCAAAAGGCCAAUCCAAUAAACAAUGACAGAUCCAUAUUGUCGCGAAGAGGUGUGUCGCCGAUAAAACUGAUAUUAAAUAUUAGGACUUUGCUAUGGUGACUUGCAGGUCACCGUAACUUGUACAUUUCGGACGACCGAAAGUUAAGCAUGGUCGAAAUGUGGAAAAUGUGGUCAUUUUUGCCCAAAGGGUUCAAAACAAAGUCCCGAAAAAAGAACAUAAUUUUCUUGUAUUAUUUUUUUGGAGUUUAUUUUUUAAACUAUGGUUGUAGUGUUUUAUUUUUGGAUCUAUGUAUUUUUAAAUUAUCUUCAUAAUGCAAGCAUUGUUAUUUGGUUGUUGAAAUUUUCUGAAAUAGAGUAAACGGUCGACCUGAUGGAUGGCUCGAUUAGGGAUGGCAAAAAUAUCCGUAACCUUGGAUAUCCGCCCGAACCCGGCCUAAUCGGGUAGGGUAAAACCCGAACUCGAAGGACAUUUAGUGGGUACGGGUAAAACCCGAACCCGAAUAUUGCGGGUAAUGGUUGGGCAUGGGUUUCUCAGUAUUCAACCCGAACCCGCCCAUUAUACACAUACAUAUGUAUUUUGUCUAGAAAUAGUCAUUAUUUUUCUCUAACAUAUUUUAUAUUUAGCAUAUAAAUAUAAUAUUUUCAU